AGCAUAGCACAACAUUUAACCAAAUGUCAAAAAGGAAAAACCGGAAGAAAAACAAAGCCAAAGGACAAAUGGCCAAUCCUGAAGUUAAAUCAAAUGGUGGACAGAUGCCUCAUCUCCUCGGUAAUGGUGUUCCGCCACAAGGAGCGUGUUACCCGGGACCCAAUAUGCCCCCAGUAGGCUUUCACAUGGGUCCACCUGGCUUUAGACCUCCUUGCCCCCCAAUGAUGCACGGUGUUCCCGAAAUGAUGAUGAGAGAAAGGCAAAUGCAUGGACCAGGUUUUCAUCCAGGCGAGUUUGAAGGGCAUCCACACUUCCCCCAUUCAAAUAUGGAUGGCAGACCACCCGGCUUCCAUCCUGCUGGCUUUCAUGGUGAACUGCCAGGUUCUGUUCCACCACAGUUUAGGGAUGGACCUCCAGGUUUUAUUCCCCCAGAGUUUAGAGAUAGACCUCCAGGUUUCAUUCCCCCAGAGUUUAUAGAUAGACCUCCAGGUUUUAUCCCCCCAGAGUUUAGAGACAGACCUCCGGACUUCAUUCCCCCAGAAUUUAGAGACAGACCUCCAGGUUUUAUUCCACCACAGUAUAGAGGUGGACCUCCAGGUUUCAUCCCACCAGAGUUUAGAGCUACAUCUGGUUAUCUGGACCCCUCCCAAGGGCUAGUGGUUGGUUAUGGUUCGAUAGACCCAAGUCAUUUGCAACAAGUGCAAAACCAUGAUGAUCCAGCAUUCCGAAAGGAAUUUAAUGGAAACCCUUCAGGUUUUAUGGCACUUGGCCCAAACCAACAGAUGGGCACAGAAAAACCUAACAUGACACCUGGCCCACCUGCCAGUACUCUGCAGACAUCUGUACAAACCACGAGUGAAAGUGGAACUGAUGGAACAAAUGAGACCAGGAGUAAAGCUCUAUCUUCUAUCACAGAAGGACCUGUUCUCAGAAGUGUGGUAAAAUCCGUCAAACCUCCAGCUGGACGGUCUGUGGGAGUCAUUGCAUUUGUUGGUCCUGAUUAUGGGUUAAUUGAACGCAAAGACCAAAAAAUAUACAGGUUUUCAUUUGAGGCCUUUUAUGGAAACCGAAAGCAUUUGCUCCCAGACGUUAAAGUGCAUUUCACAGCAAUCAAAGUAUUGGAAUCAGAAUGUGCUACCGAUGUAAAAGUUGCGCCGGGAGGAACAGAACACAUUGAAGGCACAGUCUAUGAAGGGGUGGUCACAAAGGUCAUGCCUGAUACUUAUGUCCUUGAACCUCACCCAGGCCGCAUCAGAACCAUUCUUGUUGAUGAACCUAUCAAAUUGCCUUUUGGGAAGAUGGACACAAGAGCCACCCUUCUGCUUUUUGACCGAGUGAAAUUUCAGGUUCUUAGAGAUCUUCUUACGCAAAUGAAACGAGCCACCAACAUCACACCACAGAUGCCGGAAACAGUACAGCUUACCAAGGAAGUCAGAAUAAAGGGUGUGAUAAUGAGCAUCAAAGAUGAAACCUGUACCAUCAUGUCAAAGGCACAUGAAAACAUCACUGGUUCUGUGAAUGAACAUCUGUCAGACAGUGAACUGAAUGUCAUGGAUGAAGUGGAAUUUACAACCGAGACUGUAAACACAGUAAGAUACAAUAAGGAAGAUACAGUAAAGGCUAUUAGAUUAAAGAAGCUUUCUAAUGCCACUGUGAGCUUUAAUUCACAAGAAAAUACUAAGUCUGGGCAGAUUGCUAAGCCCAAAAGCAAGUGGAAACCUGUGAUUUCUGCAGUUGUUGCUGAGGAAACCAAAGUUGAUGACAUAAGCAGUGACAUAUAUGAAGGAACAGUCUUCAAAGUUAUCCCAAAAAGUUCUUCAAAGAUGGUAAAAGAGCCACUUCCGGGUCUUGUGAACUUCACAGUUGAAGGAACAGAGAAACGCUUACCAUUUGGGUCGGACAACGUUAUUACGCAGGCCACCAUGAUGGUUGGUGACAAGGUCCAGUUUAACAUCGCCACUAAUGGUAAAACCAAGGAGGAGCGUGCGGUCAACAUUAAAAUCCAGCUAGAAACCUUUCAGACACAGUCCAAGGAGAAACGCAAAACUGGUGUUAUUGUGAAAUUAAACGAGAAUACUGGGUUCAUUAAAGCCCCACAGGAGCCACCACUGAUGUUUGACUCGUCUGAGGUUAUGGACACUAAGCUAACUUUGUCAGAAAAGGUUGAGUUUACAUUAGUAGUGAAUGCAGGGUGUAAACGAGCUAUUAGAGUCACAAAGCCAAAAGAGAGUGUUUUCACAUCUGGGCCAAAAGUAGAAGAGAAGAAAGAAAAGAAGAAAAUGACAGUCAAAUUGUUGACGGACCAAAAAGAGCAAAUCAAGAAUCAGGUCAAAGAUUCAGAAAAGAAAGACAGCCAGACUGUCAAAUCAGAGACUGAUCCAAAGCAGAAGGAAGGUAAAGAACGUAGCAGAAGCCAAGAAAGAAGCCGACGCAGACACAGUCGAAGCAGUAGCCGCAGUCGAGAAAGCAGCUACCACAGAAGACGCAGGAGCUCCAGCCGUGACAAGAGCUACAAAAGUCACAAACGGAGCCGCAGCAGAAGCAGGGAUCGCUCACACAGAUACAGUCGUAGCCACAGUAGAAGUAGGGAAAGGUCCAGUCGAAGUGACCGUAAGAGAAGCCAUAGCCCAAAGUACAGGGGUGAGCAUCGCAGCAAAAGACGAAGCAGAAGCCCUGAUCGAAAAACCAAGGGAAUUGAUCCACUUGGCUCCCAGAUUGUUGAAGUAUUAGCAAAGAAACGGGAAGAGUUAUUGGAGCUUAAUGAGGUAAUUGCACGUAAAAAAGCAAUCAUUGCUAUGGAACAAACCGACCCAUUUAUAGAUGCACCUGAAGCAUCAACAUAUGACUAUCAGAACCAGUGGAUUCCUGAUGUUAAACGGGUCAAGUCCAUUUUAAAGAAGCCAUUAGAAUCUUGUGCCAGUCCUCAACAUCAGAUAAGAGAAAGAAGCAACAGUCCAGUAGAACUAGCAGAAUACCCGAAAAUCACGUCCAGCUCUGAAGAUCAAUGGAAAAAGCGGAGUUCUAGUCCUGAGAAUGAAGAUCCAGAAUUAGCCAGGAAGAAACGGCAGUUGCAAGAGCUAAAUGAAUCUAUCGCACGAAAACGGGCAAUUAUAGCCAUGGAACAGAAGGCAAAAGCUAUCAAAAGGGAACAUGGUCCUUCUUCAUUCUUGUCUGACUAUGACGAGGACACUAGAGAUGAGAACACCUGGAAUCUUGACGUAAAAUCGGAGAACACCUGGAAUCUUGACGUAAAAUCGGAGAACACCUGGAAUCUUGACAUAAAGCCGAAGAAGUCCAUUUUAAAGAAACGCUCAGAGGACAAGCCACAGAGAGAUAUGACUUCAGCUCAACAAUAUGACUAUGGCCAAGAUCUUUUUCAAGGUUCUAAAAACCCUGAGGAGGAUCGUUUAGCUCCGUCCACACCGUCAAAUCUACCAAUAUUGCCUGCUAAUACUUUUAAUUAUUUCAAAAAACUGAUUGAUGCCGUUUCUGCCGGUUCACGUACCAGCAAGUCAUCACAUUUUAACAAGCCGUCUGACCAGCAGCCAUUGCCUUCUACAUCACAUUCCCAAAGCUCUCCAUUUUCCCAGCAGGAUUACAGCCAGGCCUCCACCAGGGAAGGACCGUCAAUCCACUCUUCAGCUACGAAGCAAAAGAGUAACCUUUCUAAACAAAUGGAACGUUUUCUUGGCGCUUUAAACAAGGCUGAUUCAAAUAUGUUGUCGUCAAUUUUGGGAGAAGCCAAUAAUGAUUCAAAUAAUUUGGAGAAUCAAAGAAACCUACAACUGCAGGCAGGUGAAAAAGAGACCAGCAAAGAAGAAUUGUAUGAUCCUUUUAGUGAAACAGAUGACAAUGAAGAUUCUCCCUUUAUGGGAAGCAAAGAGUGUAAGAUCCCUAUGCUGGGAAAUUUUAAAGACAGUAUGGAUGACCAUGGCCAAGAAGAUCUCCUGCCACAUGAAAGAGCUGUAGAAGAUGGAAGUGGGUUUUCUAGAAUUGUUGGCAUGAAAUAUGGAACAGAUUCUAAGCCUGAGAAACAGCUACUUUUUGGAAAGAAAGCAAACAGAUCCUUUACAGAUAAUCCAUCUUUGCAAGUUCAUGUCUCGUAUGCAGAAGAGAGUCAAAGAUAUGAAAGGGAAAAGGAGUCUAAGAGGUUAAGAGUACAAAGCAGUUGUAGUCCAGUGCGUCAGAAAUCAGAACCUACCAGUGAAGAUGUGGAUGAUAAAGUGGAUCAAUAUAAAAAACUCCAGGAUCUUUUACAAACUAUUGGUCUUAAUCUAGAUACAACAGAAGUUAACAAGUUGACUGACAGGACAAGAGAACGGUUGUACGGCAAGAAGGCCAACCCUUUGACCACAUCGUCUGACACUUCUGAUAAAAAGCAUAAGCGAUCCAUCAGUAGGGAUGAUCGAAGAGCUAGUGAACAGUCCACUGACUCUGACGCUGGUGCCCAUUCAUCAUCCCCUGCUAAAUCUUCUAAACGAGAAGUUUAUAUGAGCUACCAGGACUCUAUUAGAUCCCACCAAGAUAAAGCAACAGUGAAGGAAAGGGAUAUAGUAAACCUUACAAGGACUAUUAGAAACAGUCCAGAAGCAAGGCAAGUGACACCAGAUUCUUACAGUACUACAGCACAGUCAUCAAUAGUCAAUGAAGAGUCAGACUCUUAUAACCCCAUAACAGCAUCCCUGCCAUCAUUGUUCCAGUCAGCUGGUUCUUUCUAUUCCCAGCCAGCCACAGAUCCCUUAUCAGCUGCACAGUACUAUCAAAAUAAUCAAGCUUCAUGGGGGUCUAGUUAUGCUCUGGCUAAUGACCAAAAACAUUAUGCUCCAAGUUAUUCUUCGCAGAAUUAUUAUUCAUCACCUGGCUAUGGGACUUACACCCAGUCAGUCAGCCCUUCGCCCAUGGUGCCUCCGAGCCCUGGUUAUCUUUACCCACCUCUCUCUUCUUUUCCUAUGCCAGGCCCUUUUGUUCCAUCUCCCACUUCUUUUCCUACACCGGGCCCUUUUGUUCCAUCUCCCACUUCUUUUCCUACACCGGGCCCUUUUGUUCCAUCUCCCACUUCUUUUCCUACACCGGGCCCUUUUGGUUCAUCUCCCACUUCUUUUCCAAUGCCGGGCCCUUUUGGUCCACCUCCCACUUCUUCCUAUCCCUCUUUUGCAGGUUUUAUUGGCUUUCCUACUCAACAGACAAAGGUCAAAUCUGCUCCAACAAACAGGUGCCUCAAAACAAUCGAAACACAAAAUCCUGUUAAAGAAAAGAAAGCCACAGAAAGUACUUCACCUACUAGUGUUCAAACGAAAAGCGAAACCCUCCCGACAGAUGACAAAAGUGAAGCUGAAUGUCAGCCUGCCUCUACAACAGAGGAUGACAUCAGAGUGAAGCAGAAGAAAAGGCUGGAGCAGUUUAACCAGAGGAUGAGACUGAAGAAAAAACUGAAACGUGAAGCCCAGCUAAGCCAUGGACAAAGCCAGCAAUCAACACCAGGACAAGUUACCCAAACAGAGGUAAAGAAUGUGUGGAUAUGUGGCCACUCCCUAAUAUUCUGGGCUGAGAAGAGAGCCACAUCUCCUGAAGUUGGCAUGCAGCUCGGUAUGAACCCUAACACUGUGCGCAUAUGGUGGAAGGGUGUGCAGGGCAUGACAUGGCAACAGCUUCUGCCCCAGCUGCUUCAGCUCAAAGACAACUGGCCCAAACCUGACAUCAUUCUUAUACAUCUGGGAGGAAAUGACAUUGGGAAGACCGGUGUAGAUGCCUUUGUGGCAGCAGUGAAGAACGACUUUGUUUCGCUGAAGAGCAUAUUUUCUCAGUGUCUUCUGGUUUGGUCAGACAUCCUGCCACGCAAGUUCUGGAGACACUCGGAUAACAGCCUGGCAGUAAAUGACACUCGAGAGGCAAUCAACCAACAAAUUCAUGGUAUUAUGGAAGAGCUGAGUGGUUCUUCACUGACUCAUGAAAACAUAACACCUGCAUUGGACUCUGCCCUAUACAGACCAGAUGGGGUACACCUUUCUGGGAGGGGUAUUGACACCUUUAAUUUAAACAUGCAAGACUUCCUUGAGAAGUGGGAGACUAAAAUAAGUGAACCAGAGUCUGCAGAAGCCUAAGAUGGCUUUUGAAUGUAACUUAAGAAUGGCUUUACCAUUGGUAUAUCAUUCACAUGUACAGUGAAUAUGUAUUAAAAUGGACCCAUGUAUACUUUGCCUUUUUAUUGUUAAAAUUAAAAGCUGAGCUGAACUGAAUGUAAUUGUUUUACAUUGGGUUAUUGUAAAUCUGUUAACAUUGUGUUCAAAAUGUAUUGUUUAACAUUCGGUUUCAUUGUUAAUUAGGUUAAGACUUUUAUUAACUGUGUACUUAAAAUAGAAAAAUACCUGAAAGACAGGACUUUGUGGCUUUUUUUGUGUGUACUCAGAAUAAAGGCUUAUUUUAAUCAA